AUUAUAAUGUCUUGUCUGGGGGAUGGGAUGGGAUGACCUCUCGUCUCCCUUGUAAUUCUCUUUGCAACAAUAAACUUCAAUCAAUCAAUCACUUUCUUUCUGUAUGGUUUGUUUUCUUUCACAGAUCUUCAGUCACCUGUGAGGCUGUGACAUCAGGAUCAAGCUCAUCGGCGGGCGGCGGGUCAUGGCUGGCCCAGGACGAGGAGAUUGACUUGGGUUUUACGGCCAGGUGCACGGCAGGGGGCGAGACACUCACUCACCCCGCCCCCAGCACCUGUGUGGCUCCCGGAGAAGAGUGCCUGCGUGUCCUCCUCGGCGGGAGUCAUGUUAGGGACCCUCGAGGAAAUGGAUGAAGAUGCUCAGGAGAGGAAGGAGGAGAAAUACUUCCGGCCUGAGAUCGUAUGUGUCCACUCCCAGGCCACCGGAGACUCGUGCUCCCGCUGCCCCACCGGCGAGGAGAAGCCCGAGCAGCCUGAAACAGUACAAAAUGCCGCCUACCCCGUGAACCAAGUGUACCUCCUCCCCCCCGGGACAGCCCCCAGCGAGGCGGGCUCAGAAAGGGACCCGCUGAGCCUGGACGAAGGGGAGGAGGCCGUGAGGGGGCGAGAGGAGGCCGUGAAGGGGCGGGAGGAGGAGGCCGUGAAGGAGAGGGAGGACGAUGGAGACGCGUCCCCCAAGAAGGCCGCCGCCGCUGCUGAUGCUCCAGACAGUGACAUGAACAACAAGAAAAGGUUCAUGUUCCACCUGGAGGGGCUGAAGGAGGACAGCGGUUUGCUGUACAUUGGCUGUGACUGUGACAGAGAAAAAACGAGUCCUUCCCAGAUAAUGGAAUGGUUCAACACAGAGUUUCUAAAUCUGCACCGUGUGUAUGCCAUCAGGGAGGAGGAACCGUUCCUGCUGAGGCUGUUCACACGCAACCAUGAGAGCAGCAACAAGGGCCACAGGAGGAAGGGGGGCAGGAAGGUGAUGCUGAUGGGGAAGGAGGUGUUUGGGGAUGUGAUGCUUGCCUGCGGCCACUGUGGGUACUGGUCCCAGGAGGGCAGCAAUGUCCGCAGACACCUCAAGAAUUCUGUGUGCCUGAAGGACAGAGGCUACAGCAGGAAAGAGUUGGAGGGCUUGGACAAGGUAGAGCGACGCAGGUUCCUCAGGAGAGUGGCGUCUGCAAAAUGCCGGGCCAAAAAGAGAGCUAAAAUACUUGGGGAAGAGGCUGUAGCAAGGCUGCUGGAGGGCAUUCCAUCUGCAGAAACUACCACCACCACCAAUGGAAACCCAUCCUACUCACUUACUGACACUAAUGAACCCUAUGCAGAGUGCAUUGUGGAAAUAGAGGAGCAGGGCUCAGCAGGAGAAAGUGAAAGAGAGGAGCCAGCUGCCCCAGUCUCUCGCAAGAAGCGGCGUGGGCCAAAGAAGCCAAUCCGUUACAGAGCCCUCACCCUCGGGCCAGCAGUGGUGGAGGAGGCUGUGCCUAGGGUGUCCUUUGAUGUCUACACUAUCAGUAGUGAUAAUGACAGGGUGGCCUGGAAGCCACCAAGCUGCCACAAGGCUCACCCCGGGGACAGGGUGUGCCGGAUAGUGUUCAAAGGGGCGCGCAUGAAGAGGCGUUGCCUGGACCUGCCGCUGCCAAAGGUGUUGAUCUACCGCAAGCUGGACUGUAAGACUCACCACUGUAACUUCACGCACUUACACCCCAGCGCAAGGGCAGCCUUCCAGAAGGACGACACAGCCAAAGCCUCCAUCAAUCUCAAGGCAUAUGGGGGCAUUGUGAUGACGCACGAGUUCUACCACUACUUUGUGUCUCUGCUUUCCAUCAAGAAAAUGAAGACGUGUCAAGCAGCCCGCCACCUCACCAACGUCUGGGGAAUGAUUCUGUCCGAGAGGCUGGGCACCUCCACCAUCCCUGAGGACCAUCGCACCAUCAUCACACUUUCCAAGCAGACGGUGAAGUCUAUCUGGAACAACAUUGAGGAGGAGAGAGGAUUUAGGAUACAAGGGUCUCGACGCAGGAAAAAACCUCCACCUGCAGUGCCACCAGCCUCAAAUUCAAUGCCUCCUCCUCCUCUGCCUGUUCCUCCUCCUUCCACUGUCAACCAUUACUCAUCUGCCGUAAACACUGUGGAUGUGUGUGGGGUGGUGCAGCCCUCCUUGGCUCACCCCUGCAUGAAGCGCCUCAACAACUACAUUCCUAUCAAGCCAGCACCACCACCACCAACCACACACCCACCACCAUCAGCCCACACCUUGCCUGGCCCCCACAAGCCCUCCAUGAUGCCUCCUCCUCCUCCACCUCCACACCCCUCCCAUCACAAUGCCAUGCAGCAGGCUGCUCCCCACACCCACUGGCUGGGUCAGGCUCCUCAGUAUCCCCACAACAUGGCACCUUACCCCAUGGCACCACCACCACCUCCUGCAGCAGAGUAUUACACAAUGCCAGGCCACUUUGUGACCCAGUACACUCCAGCCACCAUGGGCACCUCACCUUAGUGCUGGACUCUUCAUGGCUGCUGUGAGCCCAUCAGCCUGAAAGUUGUGGUGCUAAUACUCAGUAUUUAUUAGAUUUUUUUUCUUCUCAGUAUUGCAACUCUGGAAUCAGUAGCUCAUUGGCAUUUCUUAAACUUCUAAAUGCGCUUCCUGAAUGGAUUGCAGAGUAAAUGACAGACCCCCAAAAUUUCCAGUGGAGGAAUAAUCUCACCAGACAUUUUGCUCUUGAUCAGUUCACAAGAUCCAGACCAGCUUAGUGGAGGAUUCAUUCUGAGGACACGUCUGAAACCCCAAGGACAGCAAGCCAAGGGAAGAUCAGCCUAACCGAGAUUUAAUGUGUUGGAGGGGAAUGAUCUCACGGUUAAGGAUAAAGUCUCAAGAAUCAGUCAAAUAGAAGACACACUCACAGGACCAAAAAGAAAGCAAGCCCAGGGAGGACCAGCCUAAGGAAGGACCACCUUGGCAGAGGAACAUGAACUCUUCUUACCCAAGGAUAAAUUCACAAGGACCAGCCAAGAAGUUGCACAUGACCACAUUCAGGGGACAAGCCAGCAACCCCAAGAAAGCAAGCCAGAGGAGGACCAGCCUAAGGAAAGACAAUCACGACAAAAAAGAGAAACUCAUCAGCAGCAAUCAAAGGUAAUCCCAUGACGUUUUUUCCUCUGAAUUAAGUUGUACAAACAUAGAUACAAUUAGGGUUUGAGGGUAAGGAAUGCUACUCAAAAGCCAUAGGAAUGGUAGUGUGGGUAACCUCAUAGUCGGUAUGUAUCUCUCUCUUGCCCCUGCUAAAGUAUCUUGUGACGAUGGCGAUAACAUAGCCUGAGCUGAUGAGUGAAAAAUUUACUUCAUUAUACUUAAUACUUCGUUAUACACUUGCUUCAUUAUCAUCUGAGCUAUAGCUACCCCAGAAAUUUCAUGAUAGGGACAGGCCUGGUUGGGAGGAGCGUAUGAGUGGAGGUGAUGACAUUGAUAAGAGUAUAGAUUAAAGUGACACUGGUGAGCUGUAAUUCAGGUGGUUUGAAUAUGAAGAGAAUACUUACUGGCUGGCUAGUUCAUGUAUAUGGUGUAUAUAGGAGCGUAUUCACCAUCUAUUUCAUUAUAUAUUAUUUCACUAUGUGAUGAAGGGCUUUCCCAAUGAUUUCCCCUUCUCACUCAUGUCAGGGUGUAUUUAUGAGCAUGUUUAUCAUCAUCUAGUAUUAGUCCACUGCAUGUCUGACAAAGGUCUUUUCCAGUGUUUUCUCUUUCUCACUGAUGUUAGCAUACUCCAGUCUGCUCUGGCAAAGGUUCUAAUUCUUUUCCUCUUCUCUUCUGUUCUCUUUUUUCUCUCU